AUGCCGACACCAACCAGAGUUAUCCCGCCUCUUCCAGAGAUCUCAGAGGACCCGUUGGCAUCACAGGCCAUUUACAGAUUGCUUCCGGAUGUUCAUAAAAUAGAGACAAGCUCUGGAGCAACUGUAGUUGCGAGGACCAGGAGUUUAGACAAUGCAGAACUACCGGUAUUGGUGAUGAUUCACGGCUACCCGCAAUCAAUGAAUAUGUUUCGUUACAUAGUAGAGCGUCUACCAGAACAGAUUCCAUUGUUCAUACCAGAUAUUCCUGGAUAUGGAGAAUCCACUCAUUCUGCUACACCCUCAAACACAGCGGCUUACUCAAAGCGUGCAAUCGGAAAUAUCAUUCUCGAAGCUCUCAAGAAACUCCUCAAUACCCCGGAGAGGAAGAUUAUACUACUUGGACAUGACAGGGGUGCAAGGAUUAUUCAUCGUCUAGCUGUUGACGCAGCAGAGGGGUUCCUCCAAGAGAAAUAUGGAUUUGAUCUAGUAGGAGUCGCUUUAUUGGACAUCAUUCCGACGAUUGUUCAAUUUGCAUCAUUUACGGAUCCUGCAGUUGCGGCGGCAACUUUUCACUGGUCCUUCCUAGCAGCCCCUUCACCGUUGCCAGAGAAUAUGAUCGGGGCGCUCGGAGGUGAUGUAUUCGUUGAUAAUAUGAUAAGAAAAUGGACAGGAGUCUCGGGAGAACCGCAGGUGUCACUUGGUAUUCCUAUAUAUGCUGCAUAUUUCAAACGGCCCUCCGUAAUUGCGGCAUCCUGCGCCGACUACCGUGCUGGUGCGCUUGUGGAUGCCCCGGAGCAGGUUGCGGAUCAGAAGGGGGGCCGGAAGAUUAAUUGCCCGACAUAUGUUUUAUAUAGCGAGGGUUACUUGGGGAGUCGGUAUGAAGUAGAGAAAGUAUGGAAUGAUUGGGUUCAUGGAAGUAAGGGGUUGUUGAGUACGAAAGGGGUGGGGAAUGGGGUGGGUCAUUUUUUGUGCGAGGAGGCACCAGAAGAGGUGACAAAUGGCUUAUUGGGAUGGAUCAGGAAAUAUCUAGGGGUAAAGGUUUAA